AUGGCGGCGCUGGGGUCGAAGCUGGCGCAACUGCAGUCCAAGGCGUGCGAGGCCACGAGGAUGGUGGCCAAACACGGAUGCUCGUACCACAAGACGCUCAUGGAGAAGAACAAGCACUACGUCGUCGACCCUCCCACCAUCGAGAAGUGCCAGGAGCUCUCCAAGCAGCUCUUCUACACCCGACUCGCCAGCCUUCCUGGUCGUUACGAGUCAUUCUGGAAAGAGCUUGAUGGUGUGAAGCUCCUGUGGAAGAACAGAAGCAAUCUGAAGGUUGAGGAUGCUGGUGUUGCAGCGAUGUUUGGCAUCGAGUUGUAUGCAUGGUUCUGCCUUGGUGAGAUCGUCGGUAGAGGAUUUACUGUCACGGGCUACCAUGUCUGA